CUGCUGCAAAUUCUGAGACUCCAAAGUCAACCAUCUCGAGAGAGGCCAGCACCCAGUCUUCAUCAUCAAUGACCAGCCAAGGCUAUGUUUUACCUGAAGGCAAAAUCAUGCCAAACACUGUUUUUGUUGGUGGAAUUGAUGUUAGGAUGGAUGAAACCGAAAUUAGAAGUUUCUUUGCUAGAUAUGGUUCAGUAAAAGAAGUGAAGAUAAUAACGGAUCGAACUGGUGUGUCCAAAGGCUAUGGAUUUGUUUCAUUUUAUAAUGACGUGGAUGUGCAGAAGAUAGUAGAAUCACAGAUAAAUUUCCAUGGUAAACGGCUGAAACUGGGCCCCGCAAUCAGGAAACAAAAUUUAUGCGCUUAUCACGUGCAGCCACGUCCUUUGGUUUUUAAUACUCCUCCUCCACCACAAUUUCAGAGUGUCUGGAGUAAUCCAAACACUGACACUUACAUGCAGCCUCCAACCAUGAUGAAUCCUAUAACUCAGUACGUUCAGGCAUAUCCUCCUUAUCCAAGUUCACCUGUUCAGGUCAUCACCGGAUAUCAGCUGCCAGUGUAUAAUUAUCAGAUGCCACCACAAUGGCCUACUGGGGAACAAAGGAGUUAUGUUAUACCUCCGGUUUAUACAGCCGUUAACUACCACUGUAAUGAAGUUGAUUCAGGAGCUGAAGUUUUGACAAGUGAAUGUUCAGUUCAUGAAGCUACUCCGUCCUCUGGAAAUGGCCCACAAAAGAAAUCUGUGGAUCGAAGCAUACAGACGGUGGUAUCUUGUCUGUUUAAUCCAGAGAACAGAAUGAGAAACUCUGUUGUUACUCAAGAUGACUACUUCAAGGAUAAAAGAGUGCAUCAUUUUAGAAGAAGUCGGGCAGUGCUUAAAUCUGUUUAAUCUUCUCUUCUAACUUUCUAGUCUCAUGGGAAGUUGCUGGUUUUGAAUAUUAAGAAGAGACUGAAAGUUUAUCACUAUUAUAAAAAUUUAAUUCUGAGUAAUGAUAAAUCACAUUAAGACUAUACAAGCUGUAUUAGAUUGCCUAGUUUUAUUUUACAUUGAAACUGUUUUUCUUUAGAUGUUUAUUUAGAAACUAGUUCUUUGUUAAAUAUAUAUAGUUGAAAGUAAAAAAUAAUUGAAACUGAAAGGAACAACUUUAAGAUUUAUUUGUAAGGAUUUUUUUUAAAUUGAAAUUGACAUUUUAACAGUUUAAAGCAAAUGCUGAUUUUCAAAAAAUUGUUUUAGAAAACCUAUUUUGAAAGGUCAGGAUUUUGAUAGUCUGAAUACAAGCAUUUCACUUCUCCAGCAAGUACCUGUGAAUAGUACAAUAUUUACAAUAUUGUACUUUACAUUUAUGAUUUGUCUAGAAAUUAACCACAAGAGCAUAGUUUUUAAAACUGCAUUUUUAAUCAGUGGAACUCAAUAUGUAGUUAGCUUUAUUGAAGUCGUCCUUAUCUAAACCCAGUAAAACCAAUUCUAAAGAAACAGUCCAAUCAGUGGGUCUUAUUAGUUGGAAAUAUUUUAUCUUUUAUCUAGAAUCCACAUAUAGAUAUCGUAUUUGAUUGGGAUGGUAAUUAGAUUACUAAAAUUCUAGACCUAAUUUUUUAAAAAGAAUCCAAGACAAACUAAACUUUACUAGGUACAUAAGCUUCUUGGUGAGUUAUCAUUCUCCUUUUUUUCUUUAAAAAAUUUUCCCUUGAAAUGCUAAACCUAUCUUAAAUUGUGCAAAAUAUUGGUAAUAAAGAAUGCUGAAGCUUU